GGAAGAAGAGAAAAGGACGGAAGAAAAGAAUUUGUCACAAAUUUUCUUUGAUCAUUCCCUCCUAACUGGGGAUGACUUCUCCUGCCUGUAUCAGAACUGAAAGUGGGUCAACAAAAAGAUCUGAACUUUUUGGCUUGCUCCUGCAGAAAAACAUAACUACUGCAAAAUCCCAAUAUUCUGCCUUUUGCUGGGGAGGAAAUUAAGGAAGUACAUUUUUGGAUGAUUGACUUAAUGGUUGUGCUAGCCCUUCAAGAUUCUCAAAUUUGAUAAGAGUAAGGAGGGAUAAUGAAGGAUUUUGCAGGGACUCCUGGUACUUUGACUAGUUUUGUUUUGAGAGUAGCCCAGUGUUUCUUUGCAGCUGGUUCAAUUACUUCUAUGGCAACCACAGAAUCCUUCUUCAAUGUCACAGCUUUCUGCUACUUAAUUGCCUCAAUGGGUUUGCAACUCAUCUGGAGCUUUGGACUUGCUUUGUUGGAUGGCUAUGCCAUGGCUAGGAAGAAGAUUCCCCAUAAACCUGUUUUAGUGAGCCUAUUUGUUGUUGGUGAUUGGGUCACAGCAACACUAUCGCUUUCAGCAGCAGCUUCUUCAGCCGGUGUUACUGUCUUAUACUUCGGUGACAUGGGAAGGUGUAGUCUUGGGGAAGAAUGCACAAAGUUCCAAAUGGCUGUGGCUUUGGCCUUUCUGUGUUGGAUAACAAUAGCCAUAUCCUCUAUAAUCAUGUUUUGGCUUUUGGCAACAGGUUAGGCUAAUUGCCAACUGAGGUUACGCUUAUGUAAUUAGUCAGUAAGAUUCUUUUAUGACCUUGGAAGUGUGAAUAUAAAGAAAAUAUAGGGAAGGAAAAACAAUACAAGGAUGCUUCACACAAGCUCUGUGUUCACAUCAAACACGUCAAACUGUAGUUGUAAUGAAAGAAAACUCGGAUUGAAACAAUUUUGCUUUCCUCAUGACUCGGUGGAUCGUACAAUAACUUGCUAUCGAAUUCGAAUAAGAAAUUC